AUGUUGACAAAACCAUUAAUUACGAUAGCUAAAAAUGGAGUUGGUGCGUUCGUUUUCUCAUGUCGCAAGAUUGAAUUUAAUUAUUGUGAACGUAGUGGAAGUAGUCGUGGAAUGAUCGAAUAUCUUCAAAAUCAUUUAAUCCCUUUCGCAAAAGAGAAUCCACAAUUAGAAGUUGUAGUAACCCCGCGCCCAUCAAAACAUCCUCUCAUAACUGGAACAUACUUGAAUCGUAAACAAAAGCAGGUUUGUGUUAGAAAUAAAAAACCGGAUGCAAUUGCUGAAAUUGUAAAAUUAAUACGCGACAAUACUGGGGUUACUGCAAAGAAAAGAUUCAAGAAACCGGUUAUUUCAACAACUGAAAGUAUUAGAGGUAUAUGGAGUCCAUUCCAUACUCGACCACAUUCAAUUUAA